AACACGGAGAGGAGCCCGGCCCGGACAGGAAGCGGCGGGGGACCGCAGCGGCGCUCGGUGAGUGCUCCGGGGCGCCGUCUCGUCGCGUCCCUCCCGGACUAGCCUCCGGGCUGGGCCCGUGGCUUACCCCGGGCCCCGAGGAGCCCGUCUGCCCGGCCCCGAGGUACGUUGGCGCCGUCCUUCUCGGGCCGCCUCGGCCCGGCUGCGCGCCCGGAGCCCUCGGGUUCGAGUCCGUGUCUUCACUUUGUGUCGGGGCUCCGGCCCUGGCCCCGAAGGGACCCCCGGAACCUUGUCAAUGGCCAGGCGCUUCCUGCUUCCCAGUCCCCACGGCGCCUUCGUCGCCGGUAGUGCGGGGCCGCUGCCUCCAUCGUCUAGGGACUCCGCUUGUGGAAACUGAGGCACACAGGGGUGGGGCAGCCGAAUGGGGAAGGAAAAGGAGUGUCAUUCCGCGGAAGAUUGUGGUUGGUGUCGAAACCGGACUUGUCCGGGGCUGGGCUAAACAAUCGGGUACAAAGUAAGAAAGUUGAAGUCAAAGACCAUGGGAGAUACAGCAAAACCUUACUUUGUGAAGCGCACUAAAGACCGUGGAAUUACUGAUGAUGAUGAUUUCAGAAGGGGUCAUCCCCAACAAGAUUAUUUAAUAAUGGAUGAUUAUGCUAAAGGCCACGGCAGUAAAAUGGAAAAAGGCCUUCCCAAAAAAAAGAUAGCGCCCGGGAACUAUGGGAACACCCCCAGGAAAGGACCAUAUGCGGUUUCCAGCAAUCCAUAUGCAUUUAAAAACCCAAUGUACAGCCAGCCUGUUUGGAUGAAUGACAACCACAAAGAUCAAAAUAAGAGAUGGCUGCCAGAUGAACUUGCUGGUAAUGCAGAUAGCUGGAGAGAGCUCAAGCCGGGACCUAGGAUUCCCACCAUAAGCCGGUCAAGGAAAGACUCCUUUCAAGAAAGUGACGAGUGCUACAGGUGGCCGGACGGCAGAGGCUGCAGAGCAGCCAGAAGGCUGUUUCAGAAGGACAUCGCCAGCCUGGAAGCCAUGUCAGAGAUGGAAGCAGGAAGCCCUGAAAACAAGAAACAGCGGUCCAGACCUCGGAAGCCACGGAGGACUAGAAAUGAAGAGAGUGAGCAGGAUGGAGAGUUGGAAGGGCCUGUGAUUGACGAGUCUGUACUUUCAACAAAGGAGCUGCUGGGCUUACAUCAGGCCGAGGAACGGCUGAAGAGAGACUGCAUCCACAGGCUAAAAAGGCGACCACGAAAUUGCCCUACAGCAAAGUACACCUGCAAGCUGUGUGAUGCUCUGAUCGACUCCAUCCCAUUUGCUCAUAAGCAUAUCAAGGAGAAGAGGCACAAGAAGAACCUCAGGGAAAAGCAGGAGGAAGAGUUGCUCACCACACUGCCCCCGCCCACACCCUCCCAGAUAAAAGCAGUCGGCAGUGCCAUUGACAGAGUGGUGCAGGAGUUCGGUUUACACAAUGAAAACCUGGAUCAAAGGCUAGAAAUCAAGCAUAUCAUGGAAAGUGUCUUCCAGCACAAACUACCAGACUGUUCUCUUAGGCUGUAUGGAUCUUCCUGUAGCAGACUCGGCUUCAAAGACUCAGAUGUGAACAUUGAUGUUCAGUUUCCAGCUAGCAUGUCUCAGCCAGAUGUCCUCUUACUUGUUCAAGAAUGUUUAAAGAACAGUGACUCCUUUACUGACGUUGAUGCUGACUUCCAUGCCCGGGUGCCCGUGGUGGUGUGCAGAGAUAAGCAAAGUGGUCUUCUUUGUAAAGUGAGUGCAGGAAAUGAAAAUGCUUGUCUGACCACAAAGCACCUAACGGCUCUUGGAAAACUAGAGCCAAGGCUGGUUCCUCUGGUGAUUGCAUUUAGAUACUGGGCAAAGCUUUGUAGCAUCGACCGCCCUGAAGAAGGAGGCCUGCCGCCAUACGUGUUUGCUCUGAUGGCCGUUUUCUUUCUUCAGCAAAGGAAAGACCCUCUCUUGCCAGUUUAUCUAGGAUCAUGGAUUGAAGAAUUCUCAUUAAAUAAAUUAGGGAAUUUCAGCCUUAAAGACAUUGAGAAAGACUCCGUGGUCUGGGAGUACACCGAUGACACCACAGGGGGCGCCAGCACUACAAAAGAGGAGGCCCCCAAAGAGACGCCCAGGAAGACGGGGCAGGUGCCAUUGACAUUUAAUAUAAAACACCAGCCUUCAGUGCCAGUUGGGCAGCUCUGGGUGGAAUUGCUGCGGUUCUAUGCUUUAGAGUUUAAUCUGGCUGAUUUAGUGAUCAGUAUUCGCGUCAAAGAAUUGAUAUCCCGGGAAUCAAAGGACUGGCCCAAAAAGCGCAUCGCUAUUGAAGACCCCUAUUCUGUUAAAAGAAAUGUGGCAAGGACCCUGAAUAACCAACCCGUGUUUGAGUACAUACUUCAUUGUUUGAGGACAACAUACAAAUAUUUUGCUCUUCCACAUAGAGUCACAAAACCCAACCUCACAAAGCCUCCUAGUCCCGUUACCCAUGUUUCAGACCCAGAUAAAGGAGCAAGGAAUUGUGGCCCGAAGCUCCAAGCUACAGAAACUGAUAAACCGGGGAAAGCAGCUGUGGCCCAAGGUCCUGGUGUGCCCACCUCAGAAGCCUGCAAGGUACAACCGCUUAUUCUUAAAAGUACCCCUGAGCAGUUGGGAAGCCCACCAAAGGAGAUACACCAGACAGAGGUCCAUUGCGAGGGCUGUGAGGAUGCCAUGGCACAGCAUCGAGAAACAGAAAGUGGCAACGAGAAAGUCAGAAGGAAGGCUGGGCGUCUUUGGAGCAGUGAUGAUCACAGCUUAAGCUGCAGCAAGCAUCCAGAACUUCAGAACUGUGGCGGCCUGUGUGGUCUCCAGGCAGACAACACUCUGGAGUUAGUCGGGCUCCGGAGCCCUGGAGCCAAGGAGCGGGACAGCUGCGCCUCCUUGGAUGACAAGGCUGACGUAAAUGAAGGACAAACAGACGGCGCUGAUGAACUGGAGGAGUCUCUGAACUGCUUUUCCCCGCGAGUCCAGGGCCAGGCCUCAGCAGUCAUGCACUUCGAUGAUGACGACGAUGACGAGGAGGAGGAGGAGGAAGAGGAGGAAGAGGAGGAGCCCAGGCUCAGCAUGAACCACACAGAAGAUGAGGAGGGGGUUGUUAGUGAACAUCAGGAGGACAACAGGCACACUGGGUCGGGUGAGGAGGAUGUCCUCUCUGAAGAGGAUGACUUGGCUGAGCCUGCUAAGAGCAAAGAUCUCGACGAGUGUGGAGAACCCAUGGAUGGGACUUUACUCAUAGACCUAAGCAGAAUAAGUCUUAACGAGAAAAGCUUUCCUGAGGAAAAUUCACCCAGGGACCAGUCUGACUUCUUCUAUGAAUUUAGAAAACUGGCCUUCACCAAAGGCAAGUCUCCCACAGUAGUGUGUAGCUUGUGUAAGCGAGAAGGCCAUCUAAAGAAGGACUGUCCUGAGGACUUCAAGAGAAUCCAACUGGACCCUCUGCCACCACUGACACCCAAGUUCUCAAAUAUCUUAGACCAAGUUUGCAUCCAGUGUUACAAGGAUUUUUCUCCAACCCUUGUAGACGAUCAGGCUCGCGAACAUAUCCGGCAAAAUCUAGAAAGUUUCAUAAAACAGGACUUUCCAGGAACUAAGUUGAGCUUGUUUGGCUCCUCCAAAAAUGGAUUUGGGUUCAAACAGAGUGACCUUGACGUCUGUAUGACAAUUAACGGACAUGAAACUGCUGAGGGGUUAGACUGUGUACGAACUAUCGAGGAGCUGGCCAGAGUCCUCAGAAAGCAUUCAGGCCUGAGGAACAUCCUGCCCAUCACAACAGCCAAGGUGCCCAUUGUGAAGUUCUUCCAUCUAAGAAGUGGUCUAGAGGUCGACAUCAGCUUGUAUAACACACUGGCUCUUCAUAACACAAGACUCUUAUCUGCAUACUCUGCCAUUGACCCCAGAGUGAAAUAUCUGUGCUACACCAUGAAAGUGUUUACAAAGAUGUGUGACAUCGGUGACGCGUCCCGAGGCAGCUUGUCCUCCUACGCCUACACUCUUAUGGUGCUAUACUUCCUUCAGCAGAGGUCUCCACCUGUCAUCCCUGUGCUCCAAGAGAUAUACAAAGGUGAAAAGAAACCAGAAAUACUUGUUGAUGGCUGGAAUAUUUACUUUUUUGAUCAAAUAGAUGAACUGCCCACUUGUUGGUCAGAAUAUGGAAAAAACACAGAAUCAGUUGGGCAGCUGUGGUUGGGACUUCUCCGCUUCUACACAGAGGAGUUUGAUUUUAAGGAGCAUGUAAUCAGCAUCAGAAGAAAAGGUCUGCUGACGACUUUUAAGAAACAGUGGACCUCAAAAUACAUCGUUAUUGAAGAUCCUUUUGAUUUGAAUCAUAAUCUUGGUGCUGGAUUAUCAAGGAAAAUGACAAAUUUUAUAAUGAAAGCUUUUAUCAAUGGUAGAAGAGUAUUUGGAAUUCCGGUAAAAGGAUUUCCAAAGGACUACCCCUCAAAAAUGGAAUACUUUUUUGAUCCAGAUGUUCUAACUGAGGGAGAACUGGCUCCGAAUGACAGGUGUUGCCGAAUUUGUGGAAAAAUCGGACACUUCAUGAAGGACUGUCCCAUGAGGAGAAAAGUGAGGCGGCGGCGAGACCAGGAAGAUACCCCAAACCAAAGAUACCCUGAGAGCAAAGAAAAACGGAGCAAAGAGGACAAAGAAAUUCAGAACAAGUACACAGAAAAGGAAGUGUCGGCAAAAGAAGAUAAGCCCACACAGUGCGCAGCUGUGAAAGCAAAGCCAGCGAGGGCAGUUGUGGACCUGGGGCGGGAGAAGAUUCUCAGGACACCAGUGGAAAAAUGGAAGAGACAGGAUGACAAAGACUUAAGAGAAAAACGUUGUUUCCUUUGUGGAAGAGAAGGACACAUUAAGAAGGAAUGCUCACAGUUCAAAGGCUCUCCAGGUUUGUGUCAGUCAGCUUAUGUAUCUGGAUACCCUUCACCUAGCCCUUUGAGACCAGUUGCUCAGGCAGUGCUUUUACAUGAAGACAAAAAGAAACAAAAAACAACCAUAUUUUUGAGUCCCCAGUCAGGUAGCCUUUCCAGUAAAUACAUGACUCAGGGGAAAGCCUCGGUGAAGAGGACCCAGCAAGAAUCAUGAGGGAAGGAAAUGCAGCCCUGAAAAUGGCACUGAGGUGUCCCUAUCCACGUGGAAAAUUAGGUUCACUUCACAGGACAUAGCAACACAGAUCAGGCUUCAACGUAACAGUUGAGGGAAAUGUCGGAAUUUUUAAAAUUUAAAUGAAAUUGUUAAAUGAGGAAAAGAAAAAUUUUAAUACAGUCUUAACAUCAACCCCCAGAGAUCUGAAGAUUUUAAUAGAAAGCCAUGAGGUAUUUAAGCCAAGUUAAAAGAAAAAAUAUAACUUUGGGCCAGUAUUCAAUGACAACAACAAUGUCAUGGUUUUUAAUUCUUUCAGAGCACACUAAAGUAGUGUGUGCUGCUCACAGGAGGAAUUAGCCUCCUUUCCCCAUAUAUCCCUUUCGAUUUCCAAGAGGGAUUCUGUUUGUUGCUGGGUCCUGGUGUGGACGCACAUCAAAUACAUGUGGACUGUGCUGCUCUACUUGGGGUCUACAAGCAUUCUUCAUGGUUCUUUGAAGAAGUGCUAACACAGAAUGCAGGCCCUAUGGACAUGGACACAGGCCUCAGUGGAUGGCAGCACUGCUGGGCAUCUCCCUCCGGGGCUUCCUUCUCUCAGUAAAUCCACACAGAACUGUUGUGCUCAUAAAAAUGAAGUCAUGAAAACAAGUAAUCCUGUUUGCCAGUUUUAAAAAAGAAAAUUACAAGGGGAAAAUGACUGACAGAAUAAAAGUGCUUUUUACUUUUUAUGAUACUCAGAAAUUAGGGUGGAGAUCUAUUACAAACCUCUGAAGAUCAAAGAGGCUGACUCGUCUCUGUCAGUCACAAAUUUGAUUGGCAUCCUUCUGGGUCUGACUGGAGCCCUCUGAACUGUUUCUCUAACUUCACAAGCCUUUCUGAAAUAGUACAUAGUCAAACUAUGCCUCGGUUUAUUUAUCAUUUUGAAAUAAAAUCAAACUUUCACCUGUAAUUUUAUCCACAUUAUUUUAUUAUAUUACAUAAAAGAAGCCUCAUUAGAAAAGUCAAUCAAGGAUCUGGGACAGUACAAAUGUCCUUAACAUGAUGCCUAUGAGGUGCCCUUUGAUGUCUCCGGGGUUGUAGCUGUGUGUCCUGGGUCUGAGCUGCAGAGGCAGAAGACGAAUCGCUUUUGCUGUAGACACCGGGAGUGUUGAUCCUCAACUCCAGAGAAUGUGCCGGAGAGGUCAGUUUCGGUUCAGCUGGCACCACAUGGCAUUUACGGGU